GCGUCAAUCUUUUCUAUUUAGACACUGUUCCAUAUUUGAUUUCAAUAGACAUGCCCAUCCGUGUACCAAUAUGACUUGGUGCUGGAUUUUGACGACACUUUUACUUCUGAUAGCGUGCACCAUUCAGCCCGGCAGAGGCGCGGUGUACUGCCCGCCCUAUUCGAACUACUUUGAAUGGGUUGGUCCAUAUUGUUUGCGUUUUGAGAACUUCUAUAAGAAAUCGUGGUACGAUGCAAAACGUGAAUGUGAGGCGAAGGGAACACAUUUGCUGGUGUUGGAAACCACAGGAAAACGGGACGAAAUCAUACGUUACUCAGAAAAUAAGGGAAACUGGGAGUAUUAUUGGGUAGAUGGAACCAAAGUGAACGGCAAAUGGAUCUGGAGCUCGACAAGAAAGCCACUUUCGACAGCUCUGUGGAUGCCAGAAGAACCAAAUGGCGAUGGCAGUUGUAUGCAAUACUAUAGCGAUUUUAAUGAUAGGCAGAAAGGCCCAAAAGGUCUAAAUGACCGAAGUUGUUCUUUGGCGUACGAAUUCAUAUGUGAAGACGAUUCGGUUAAUGGCAUGUGGAGAGCCUGGGGAAGUUGGAGCAGCUGUUCGGUAACCUGUAGUUCAGGGCAACGCUUUCGCACUCGUGUCUGUGAUAAUCCCGCACCUAAGGGAGCAGGUGCCCCCUGUAGUGGCCUUGACCGACAAACUGAACCCUGUCACCAUAGAACGUGUCCAGUGGACGGAGCCUGGAGUGUCUGGACACACUGGUCAACGUGCAGUAAAACAUGUGGUCAAGGCCACAGGACAAGACACAGGGCGUGUAAUAGUCCACCUCCAACCAAUGGUGGCAAGGACUGCCCAGGACAAUUAGUUCAGGUCGAAACGUGCAAAGGUCAGCCGUGUCCAGCCAAGCUCUGCCCUGCUGGGUUCACUGAGGUAACCAACAGUUUGUGCCUGUACAUCUCCGACCCAAAGACAGAGGCAUACAAUUAUUUUCUGUCUAUGAAGGUGUGUGCCUCGCUGUCUCCACUGUCUCGCCUGAUGACAGUAAAGAACACAUACGAAUAUCAUAACAUGGUCAGGUUCUUGACUACAGCAACUGAAUACUGGAUAGGUGAUGACACUACAAGCAGCAGUGAUGCCAGUACCAAGCUCGGUGGUGGAAGCUUCGCUCUCUGGGCAGCUGGAUAUCCGUCCUCGCUAUCCCUUGGCAAUUGCGUUGACUUAAGCGGAAAGAGUGGAGCGUUUCUGUGGCAAGACGCCCCUUGCUGGGAAAGAAAACCCUUCAUUUGCGAACUAAGACCCAAAGAUGGAAUGGCACCUAUUGUUGGUUUUGUCCUGAAAAAACUUUGCUCCCCUAUUUACACUGUAAGUUGUGUAUUCAUUACACCAUUAGAUAUCACUGCAAACAGCGAUACCACAGGUGUUGAAAAUAUCAUGGAAGACAGCAGUAAAAAGGGGAUAUUCCUCUUCUUGUUAGUAGUUCUCGUUUAUUGGGUCCAUUUUACGCAAGGGGCGUGUUAUCCACCAAGGUACGGUAUACAGACCCGCAGCACUCGUCAACGGUACACCACGGGCUGCGGCUUCUGGGGCUGGGGACGAUGUUCAAGAUACCGAUAUGUAACAACAUAUCAAUGUGUGUUUUUGGCAGUUGACGGAGGCUGGGGUGCCUGGUCACACUGGUCAGCGUGUGGAAGCUUCUGUGGUCAAAGCACCAGACUGAGGCUACGAUCAUGUAAUAACCCGCAUAAACAAAAUGGCGGCCGUGACUGUGUCGGGAGUAAUGUUCAAAAAGAGUCGUGUGACGAAGGGUUUUGUUCAGGAUCGCCUUGUCCUAGUGGUUUCACUAAAAUCUCAGAGAACUGGUGUCUGUACAUUUCCGGUAAAAAUGUACUAAAAACCUACAGCGAUGCCAACACGUUCUGCACUUCAUUGUCAAAACACGCACGCUUGGUGACGAUCAAACAUAAAGCAGAACAAGAUAUAAUCGUUAAAAAGUUGCCAGCACAUGCUGAUUGUUGGAUAGGUCUAGACGACAGGACAACCGAGGGACAGUUCGUGUUCAGCGACGGCACCAAAUUAGGGCAAGGGUCCUUCACCCACUGGGAAGAGGGCAGUCCUUCCAAAAGUACGUUGGCCGACUGUGUGUUCAUAGAUGGGAAGGGAGCUGGAUACAUGUGGAGAGAUACCAGGUGUGAGGAGAGGAAAAUGUUCAGCUGUGAAAUUCGAGCAAAAAUGAUAUCAACCUCCUUAAUUGGCUGAUCCGUUUAUUGAUUCCUUUGCACCCAACGGAUUUUGUUAUGUUGUCGUGUUGUGAAAGCGCUCUUGUGUGUAGAAUUGAAUACAAAUCCCAACAGACAAACGACAUUGAUUCACCGUUGAAUCAACGUUAAUUUUGGUGGAUCAACGCUGAAUCAACGUAGAAUCAGUGUCGUUUGCCUGCUGGGAAUGCUUUAUUUAAAAAGCAGAAGGACUGUUUUUAAUCCAACUGCAACGCUCACAAGGCGUUUAAACAUUGCUAUGCCACUCAGUUUCUUAUAAUUUGCCGCACAUGUUGGGCUAAAUAUUUGGUGACCAUUGGUUUACUUGGUGACUUCUUUAGUUGUACUGAUUAUAAAUCUGCCUAUCCAAUGUAUAGGCUUUGCCUGUAGCACAAAUAUUGUAACAUAGUAAAUCUAUUCACAAUUACAAAGUGAAACUUAUACACUUUAAAUAGUUAAAUACUUACUCGCUGAAUGCGUUUCUUCCAUGUCUUUUUUAUCCAAAUUCUGUAAUAAGGUUUAUGCGUACAUUGUAUGGGCAUCUUGUCUUUUUUAAACCCCGCGUUGUUUUAAAUGAAUCAUUGUUACACUGUAGGUGCUUGACUUUCUACUGUAAUUAGUAUAUCUAUCGCUUAUCAUUACCAUAAUAUCAUAUCCUUUGGCUAGUAAAGUACUAAAACACCUGAAUGCAUUGUAUCUUUGUUUGGCAGAAAAUUCAUAUUUUAUUUCAGAAUGUAUGCUGUAAAGGUUUAAUGUGGAUUGGAUAAAAUUAACCCAAGCUUAUGUGUCAACCAUGCGUGAGCUAAACAAUGUUUUAUCUAUAUACAUCGCCAUUAUAUUGGGUUACUAUAUACACAUGUAUGAAAGCAAAAAAAAGCGAGCUGCUGUAUUGUGAGCUUUUAUUACUGUCAUCUAGUCACCAAACAAGUCUUGGUCUCCGGAAAAGAGGCUAUUCCCCUGAAUAGCCUCAUUCCCUGAUGAAGAUUUUCUGUCAGACAUCGAAAUAUUGAGGUAAACUAUUUCAAUAUUAAGCCGUUGAUUGAAAAUGAGUUACUUUAUUCUUGCAAAUAGUUAUACUUGUAAAGUCAAAACGUAAAUGCUCAAUUGCCUUUUGCCUUGUCUACAUUCCUGUUGCUGCAUAAACGUGUGAUCUAUAA